CAAUGUUUACGUUCUGCGCUUUAUUUUUUGCAAUAAAAUAGAACAUACAUACAUGUAUAAAAUACAGUUCAGUUCCAAAUAUUAGCGAAGUUGUAAAUGUGGGAUAAAAUCUGUUAUUUAUUUAUAAGUAUAGCCUAGCUGGGGUCGAUACAGUAAAAUAUCAUCCACGUCGCCCGACUGGAGCUGGAGCCAAACAAAAUGGCUCAUUCAAAUAAGGCAAAGAAGGAAGCCAGAGGUUCGAAUUCACAAAAACCAGCGACGAACCCCAGCGACCCGCCAAAUAAUGCCCAGACCAAUCUGCAGGCCCCCAGUCCGGAUCAGUUCCAUGAACUCCUACUUCACACCCUGCAAAAGUCAUGGCUGCGAGCUCGGCAUUUUUUCAUGUCCGAGCUAAGUGGAAGCGAGCUGUUCGAAACCGCAGCGGUAUGGUGCGCCCACAAUCCCCACAUUGCCAUCUGUUUGUUGGCAGCUAGCUUGGUAUUCCUUCUACCAUUCCUUAUCAUUUUCGGUUUUGGAAUCGCGACCAUGGUGAUGACUUUCACGGGUCUAUUGGUGCUAGAAGGCACUCUUCUCACCAUUGUCUCUAUGAUGUUCUUUGCAUGCCUGGGAGGCUUUGCUAUCAUGGUUCCGGUGAUUGGAGUCGUUACUGUUGGUGCAUACUUUGGAUUAGCUCAUGUGUAUGGGUUAUAUAACGGUAAAGAGCGCCACAAAAUUGCUAGGUUUUUCAAAGAUCCGCCCAAGCAAUGUGACGCGGUGGCAGCAUCAGUGAAAAUUUCUGAAGAUCCAACCAUGCCAUGCCCUAUACUUGCUAAUCAAAAUAAACAACUGAAGAACCAUUAAAAGUACUUAAUAAUUAAUAAUAAUAA